GAGAUGUCGGUAGCAAUUAUCAAGUCAAGUACAUACGCUCGCCGCUCGGCGUGAAAGACUUGAGUGGAACGUGCAUAUGAAUAUCGUCAGCUGAUUCCGCUUGUGAUUUCGUGCCCCGUGGGCCGUGGCGAAGCGCGUCCCGGCCGGGUGAAACUCGUGAACGACGAUCAUGCACCCUAAAGACCCAGUCAAUACCUCUCCUGAACCCUGAACGGCCUGAACCCCUCACUUCACCGGCAUGAGCGCAGCGACGGGCAAGAUUGGCGGGGAAUAUGGGCCUAUCCGCGCAAACAUCGACGUGGAGAGACUGGGCUCGUAUAUUGCGGCGAAUGUGCAGGCCAUCAAGACGCCGGUGGACGUGAAGCAGUUCAAGUUUGGGCAGUCGAACCCGACCUACUUUUUGACGGAUGCAACCACGAAGCGGUAUGUACUGCGGAAGAAGCCAGCAGGUCAGUUGGUUUCGUCGACCGCGCACCAGAUUGAGCGGGAAUACACCAUGCUUCGCGCGCUACACAAGCACAACACGAACCCGUCGACCCCGCCGGAAGGAAGGGUCCCCAUCCCAGAGCCCAUUAUCCUCUGCGAAGACAAGGAAAUUAUCGGGACGCCCUUCUACAUCAUGGAGUUCCUCGACGGGCGGAUAUUCACGGACGUGAGGAUGCCGGAGGUCUCGCCGGAGACGAGACGAGAAUGCUGGCUAUCUGCAGUCCGCGCCCUCGCAGCCCUUACUUCGCUCCCCCCCGCUGACCUCGGCCUCUCUUCCUUCGGCCCCUCCUCCGCGUACUUCCCGCGGCAAAUCAAGUCGCUUAGCCGCGUCUCCGCCGCGCAGGCCGCCGUGACGGACGUCGACACGCACAAGUCCGUCGGCGAGAUCCCGCGCUUUGGCGAGCUGAUCGCAUGGUACCAGCGGUCCCUGCCCGACGAGCGCAAGACCGGCCUGCGGAUCGUCCACGGGGACUACAAGCUCGACAACCUCGUGUUCCACCCGACGGAGAACAGGGUGAUUGGGAUACUCGACUGGGAGCUGUGUACGUUGGGCAGUCCGUUGGCAGACCUCGCGAACCUGACGCAGCCCUGGGCUGUAGACCCUGCUCUAGUCCCGGCCAACGGUAGCUCGCUGAUUGGCUUCAAGAAUGUGGUGAAGGACGUGCCUAUCUCUCUUGAGGACCUCGAGCGGGAGUACUGUCGGCUCACGUCCCAGCCAUACCCCAUCAAGGAGAUGGUCUUCGCGCGGAGUUGGAUGUUGUUCCGUCUUGCCGUCAUCGCACAAGGGAUCGCAGCGCGUUUCGCCCGUCGCCAGGCGAGCUCCGAGAAGGCCCACUUGUAUGCCGACGUAUUUCCUCUAAUUGGACAGUUGGCAUGGUCAGCAACGCAGGAGAACCCGACGCCGCGGUUGUAGUUCGUGUGAUAACAAUUUGUGUUUUCUUUCUGGUGGCACGGUAUGCUUCCGCGGACUGCUUUUUGAAAAUUCACUCAUGUAUUGCUCACUCAAGUUGCCGUUGGUGCAACUAUGUAUAUCAUACGGAGCGAAGCAAGAGGGCAAUGCCUUGUAGUUGACUUAAUGCGUCGCGGAUCAGCCGGCAUUCUGCUGUGUACAUCCUCCAGUGGCCCACUGGCAGAUGCAUGUAGUCCUGCUGCAUAUGAACGA